UCUUUUUUCAGUCGGACUUGAGGGGUUUUUCCGCCGGACCGUACGCUGAAUCUGAAUGUGGAACAAAUCCCUGCGGCCUUGUUCGUCUUUGCAACGAUUAUGACUUUGUUUUCUACAAAAUAGAGGCCUCCAGCCCUGGCGCUGAUAGGAAAUCCUAAGUCUGGUCCUGCACUGUAGCAGUCAUGGAGGUGGAUGUCACCAGCGACACCGUCGAAGUGUUGCCCCAGCACCAGUUCGACCGCAGGGCCCUGGAGGCCUACCUGAAUCAACACUUACCUGGCUUUGGGGCAGAUCCUGGGGCUGUGCUGACUGUUACUCAAUUCAGAUCAGGACAGUCCAAUCCAACAUUUUUCCUGCAGAAGGGAUCUCAAGCAUAUGUCCUCAGGAAGAAACCACCAGGCUCGCUUCUUCCUAAAGCACACAAGAUUGAUAGAGAAUUUAAAGUCCAGAACGCCUUGCUUUCUGUUGGAUUCCCUGUUCCUAGGCCUUUACUGUACUGCAGUGAUUCUGCCAUCAUUGGAACGGAGUUCUAUGUGAUGGAACAUGUGCAGGGUCGAAUCUUUCGUGAUUUUUCAAUUCCUGGAGUUAGCCCAGCAGAACGUGCAGCCAUCUAUGUGGCCACCAUAGAAACCUUGGCUUGGCUACAUUCACUGAACAUACAGUCAUUGAAACUGGAAGGAUAUGGUGUAGGUGUUGGGUACUGCAAAAGACAGGUAUCCACCUGGACAAAGCAGUAUCAAGCUGCAGCCCACCACGACAUCCCUGCCAUGGACCAGCUCUCCAAGUGGCUCAUGGGAAACUUGCCACAUGAUGACAACGAGGAGAGCCUGAUUCAUGGAGACUUCAAGCUAGAUAACAUCAUUUUCCACCCCAAAGAGUCUCGAGUUAUAGCAGUCCUGGAUUGGGAGCUUUCAACAAUUGGCCAUCCCCUGUCUGAUCUGGCUCAUCUUUCCCUGUUCUACUUUUGGCCAAGGACAAUACCAAUGAUAAACAGAGGCGCUCACAUUCAAGAAAACACAGGGAUACCAUUGAUGGAAGAGCUGAUUUCAAUAUAUUGCCGACUCAGGGGGAUUAGCUCAAAUCUUCCUAACUGGAAUUUCUUUCUGGCUCUUUCAUUUUUUAAAUUGGCUGGGAUAGCACAGGGAGUAUAUAGUAGAUAUCUCUUGGGAAAUAAUUCAUCUGAGGAUAGUUUUCUGACUACCAAUACUGUGCAACCUCUGGCAGAAACUGGAUUACAACUCUCAAAAAGAACUUUAAGUACUGCACUGCCACAGGCUGAUCCUAAGAGACAGUUGUUUGCGCAGAGUAGGAGGGGUCAGGAAGUUUUUACUAAGGUGAAGCAGUUCAUGAAACAACACAUCCUUCCAGCUGAAAAGGAGGUGUUAGCAUAUUAUGCUCAAAAUGAAAACUCAUCAGACAAGUGGGGACACCCUUUAGUGAUUGAAAAGCUAAAGGAAAUGGCCAGAGCAGAAGGCCUGUGGAACUUGUUUUUGCCAGCUGUGAGUGGUCUCAGCCAGGUGGACUAUGCCUUGAUUGCUGAAGAGACAGGAAAAUGCUUUUUUGCUCCAGAUAUUUUUAACUGCCAAGCACCAGACACAGGGAACAUGGAGGUGCUGCACCUGUACGGAAGUGAGCAGCAGAAGCAUCAGUGGCUGGAGCCCCUCCUUCGAGGGGACAUCACAUCUGCCUUCUGCAUGACAGAGCCCAGUGUCGCAUCAAGUGAUGCCACAAACAUUGAAUGCAGCAUCCAGCGAGAUGGAGACAGCUAUAUAGUUAAUGGCAAGAAGUGGUGGAGCAGUGGAGCUGGGAGUCCCAAGUGCAAAAUCGCAAUUGUUUUGGGAAGAACUGAAGGUGCUUCUGUGUCCAGACACAAACAGCACAGCAUGAUUCUUGUUCCGAUGGACACACCUGGAGUAAAAUUAAUAAGGCCUUUGUCUGUGUUUGGCUACCUGGAUAACAUGCACGGUGGACAUUGGGAGGUCCAUUUUAAUCAAGUGCGAGUUCCUGCUGCCAACCUAAUACUAGGUGAAGGCAGGGGGUUUGAAAUUUCCCAGGGCCGCCUGGGACCUGGCAGAAUCCACCACUGUAUGAGAACUGUGGGUUUGGCAGAACGCGUUCUGCAGAUCAUGUGUGACCGGGCAUUACAGAGGGAAGCCUUUAAGAAGAAACUGUAUGAACAUGAGGUUGUGGCUCACUGGAUUGCUGAGAGCCGCAUUGCCAUCGAAGAGAUCCGCUUGCUGACCUUGAGAGCUGCCUACAGCAUAGAUACUCUGGGCAGUGCUGCAGCCAAGAAGGAGAUUGCAAUGAUCAAAGUGGCUGCCCCCCGAGCUGUCUGCAAGAUCACUGACUGGGCCAUCCAGGUACACGGAGGGGCUGGUGUUUCCCAGGAUUACCCUCUGGCUAACAUAUAUGCCGUAAUCCGAACUCUGCGCUUAGCAGAUGGACCUGAUGAAGUCCACCUGUCAGCAAUCGCAAAAAUGGAGCUUCAGGAACAAGUCAGAGAGCUGACAGCCAGGAUGUGAAGCGGGGAGCACCGCCGGUCCUGCUGGUGGGCAGGCUCCUUCACAGCAUCCGCGCCAACAUUUGAGUCUCCUAUUUUUAGGGUGUUUGACCCCAAGGCCAGUUUCUCACUUGUGGUAAAGAUUUUAGCAUCUAUUUUGAUCACUGGGUUUGAUAAUAGGAAGGAUCACACAGGUGUGAGGUAAAUAAAUACUUUAAUUAUUGUCCCUGGGUCUUGUUCUAAUGGUUUAGCAUUUGCUUUAUUAAUCGGUGACUUACAAUGGGAUGACAGAGGGAUCUGUAGAGCCAUUUCUUUAACAUCGACAUAGAAAUUUUUUCACUUUGAUUUUCAGGAAUUACCCCAUGUAAACAAACAGCUCCAGGAAUAUUUCAUAUUGUUUUGAAAAUACAGUAUGUAGCUUUGACACUAUUAAUAUGUUUGGGGCGGGGGCAGCGGUUAGUUUAACACCAUGAGUAACAUUUGUAUUGAAGACAUAACUGGUGGGGUUGAUUGAGAAUUCCUGUAAUUAUUACAAAGCCUCUUCCAACAGGAAGCAUUUUUGUACGAAAUCUGAAUGCAGGUGAAAGAAAGUUUACAAGAAAAUGCCGCAUGUUAUAAGAAAAUAUAACUGAGACCACUUACAUUGCUUAUACAGUGCCUCUGAGAACAGGGAGCUCUUUGAGCUUCAUCGGAGGCCUUUAGCUCUGAAGAGGAUGCUCUGUUGUGAAUGCCGUUGUGUUAGCAGCACCCUGUGCCAUAGCUCUCAGUGCCUGCUUCUGUCGGUGCUGUGCCCUCAGUAGAGCUGGUGGCUCCCAUGACUCUCCAGAGGCACAAAAACCAAAGUUUUAGCUUAAAUACAGAUUUUUUAUUCAGUUAUUAUGAAAACUGUUAAGUAUGGUUGGAAUGACUUGGGUAUGUGAAUCUACUUUUUCAAGAAUGAAUGUUGUGAAAUCUCAGUCAAGAGAAGUAUUUUGAAUCAAAAUUUGACAUCCAAAUAAACAGUAAGUAUAAAAUACAUACUCGAUUUUGAAAACAGCAUGAAAAUAUUCAAAAUAUCUCAUUAAGGAGACCUUUUCAUAUUGGUUGCACAUUGAGAUUACUGGAAAUACUGAGUUAAAUGAAGUCUACCAAAGUCUUACCUGUCUCUCAUUAACAUUUAUGAAGUGAAUAUCAUUGAAAUAAUAUCUGGUAAGUUUUAAAUUUUUCAAAUGAAAGUAUUUUUAGUCCUGAAAAACCCUUAACUUUUUCAUCAGAAAGUAUGAAACAUGAUGUUAUGGACAGCCCAAAAUUCUGUUUUAAAUUUCUUCCUGGGGGUGUGGUAGGGCCUUGAGACAGGCCUGGGUUUAAAAGCCAAGUGUACUGUAUGGGCCUCUGCAACUUGUGCCACUGAGCCUUCGCCUCCCUCUACCUCCUUUUGAUAAAGUGGGAUUAACUUGAAUCACAGGGGACCUUUCCUGCUUGUGAGAAUCACUGGAGCCAUAUAGAAGCAGCUUGAAAUUUGGGAAGCACAAUAAAGUACUUUAUAAGAUCUCCUUA